AGGCGAUAAUGGGUAUGUAGAGAAAUCUGCCCCAUCCUGCUACAAUCCUUCCGGGGGUAAGUACAGUGAAGUAGGUCCCCACCCCCACGCCGUUCUGGAGUCAGCAGCCCCUGGAGCACCAGUGAUCGAGAUUAGACCUCCAACCGCCUAGAUGGGACCCGGAAGUGCACACCAAGGAACCGACUUUCCAGACUUCCCACAGGAGGGCGAAGUCGCCAGCACUGUGGAGCGCAUGGAUCGGGCUGAGCUAUGACUGCCCAUCCUUUGUGUCGUGUUCUGAAGAAUUUUUAGAGAAGAUUUUAGCCUUGGAGCAGCACCGGGGAUUGGAUUCAGCCCAUGGAGAAGCUUCCUGAGCAGAUGUCUCUGGAGUCCCCGUUUCCAUCCCCUGAGCAGAAGCCUCGAAAGAGCAAGGAUGAGAAAACUGACAACCAGAAGAGAGAAGUAACUUACCCAAGGUCACUCUGCUGGUAAUGGCCGAGUUGGAAUUCAAAUUGAGAGCCGGCGGACUUCAGCUUGCUGCUCUAACCCCCACCCUCUUCUGCAGGCUGGCGAGCGAGGCCUGACUGAGAACAACCCCUGAAGCCAGAUUCCCCUAUUGGAGGGCCAGCAGUUACCAAGAGCCUGCAAAUUCCUGUCUCUUUUUGUCCCUGAAUUGUUUGCAUUGGCCUAACCUGGGCAUGGGGCGUCCAGUGAUGCUGACUUUAGAGGACAAGGACAUAAAGGGCUUCACAUGGGCCAUAGCCCCGGCCUUGACCUCACUGGGUUACCUGCUCAUACUGUUGGUUGCCAUCUUCCCCUUCUGGGUUCGCCUUGUGAAUGAAGAGUCCCGUGAAGUGUUUUUCAGUGGCCUGUUUGAGAACUGCUUUCAUAUCAAGUGCUGGAGGCCUCGACCCUUAUCCAUUUACAUCAUCCUUGGCCGAGUUUUCCUGCUGUCUGCCGUCGUCUUGUCUUUCCUCACCACCCUCAUCAUGGUGUCCUUUGCAUCUCAGCUCUUUCCAAGGACCCGGAAGCACAAUUUGGUGUCAGCCUUCUUCAGCUUCCUCACAGGGGCUUGUGCUCUCCUGGCCUUGUUGCUGCAUGCCCUGGAGAUCCAGAGUCUGACGAUGAAACCCAGCCCUCCCCAGUUCUCCGUGCAGUGGCCUUACUACGUCCUGGGCUUUGGCAUCUUUCUAUUCAUAGUGGCUGGUGCCAUCUGCCUCUUUCAAGAAACAGCCUGCCUUAGGUGCCAUUUAUUACCCAUUUCCCAGAAUAUUGAGGAGACUGAAGAGAUCCCGCACCUAGAGAAUCUGGAGAGCUUGGGAGGAGGACUGAGCUCAGUACAAAAGGAGACCCUGCUGAAGGAAGAGACAGUUAUCUAGUCCAGGAGAGUCUGUCCUCUACUCUUCAUCAAGCUGUGUGUUUUCAAUAAAAGAAGGACUACUCCCUGUUAAUCCAUUCCUCAAAAACCUGGCUGGAGGGCAGGAGGGGAGGGAGGAAUAUUAAAAAAUGAUCAAGUGAAGUGAACCUUCAUAAGACGAAAACUGAACAGAAUGUAACCACAACAGAAGGUGUUGUGUUAGUAAUAUUAAAAGAAAAAACGAUAUCCCUAUACAAAAGUGUGA